CCAACUCAAGUUACCCAUCUCGUCUUUUCUCUCCCUCCCUGCUGCUAGCGCGACGUGCUGCCUCCCUUGUCGUUGCUGGCUGCUAGCUAGGAGUACUAGCUUGCUUGGUGUAAAGAAAAGAUAGUUCCCUUUUCCCGCAGAUAGCCCCCAUCAUCUCUCACAUCCUGCUUCCCCUCCACCCUACCUCCUUUUCUGCCCCCGCCCGGCCACAAAGACCAAAUAAACAAGCUAGCUUGCCUCCCUGCUCUCUCUCUCUCUCUCUCUCUCUCUCUCGCUUGAUGUGAUUGCGUUUGCAAGCUCCAUUCUCCUCCCAAUCAAGCAGAUCGCAAAGAUCGAGCCAACCCACCCUCAACGACAUACACUUGCCUAAUUAGACAGACGAUAUAGCUCGCCCUCGGCUUGUUCCCAUGGUGUGUAUCGUACUGGGUGAACGGCCGGAACCCGGAAGCAAGCUAGGGAAUUAUUGAGCGGUUGUUGCUCAAGAGCUUGCUUGUGGUGGCUCGCAUCCACUAAUAGAGAGAGAUCGAUUUAUCGAUCGGCCGAAGGAAGCUGGGGGAGAGGGUCAGAGGAGAUAACCCUAGCUAAUUAAGCUAUCUCGGUUGGUCGCCAUGUGCGACUACUUCCUGCAGAGGAUGGAUGGCGACCAGGCCGGCGGCGGCGACCUCACCGACAUCGUGCGGGCCGGCGGCGCGAUGCCGGGCAACAGCAACAGCGGCGGCGGCGGGGGGGCUGGCGACGACCUCCCGUCCACGGCCGUCGGCGCCGACGAGUGGCACCACCACCUCCAGCAGCCGCUGCUGUUCCCGCCGCCGUCGCCGUCACCGGACGCCGCCGACGUCGUCUUCGGCAACGGCGACCCUUUUGCGGGGCUCGGGGGCGACCCUUUCAGCAGCGACUACUCCUCCGACUUCGGCCUGGACGUGGGCGCCAUGGCGCCGAAGCACGUCGGCUUCGACGCGGCCGGCAUCAGCGGAGGACAGAUGCUGGACAUGGGCUGCGGCGGCAGGAAGCCGCUGAUGCCGAGGGGGAUGGGGAUGCAGCAGCAGCAGAUGCCGGGGGGCAUGGGCAUGGGGGCGCCGAGGCAGCUGAUGCCGUCGCCGGCUAGCCUGUCGCCGAUAGCGAUACGGCCGUACCCGGCGAUGACGGCGGGCGACAUGGUGAAGCUCGGCAUCACGGCCGGGCAGGCGGCCGGGUGCGCCAUCGACGCCGCCGUCGCCGGCAUGCAGAUGUCCUCCUCGCCGCGCACCGCCGGAAUCAAGCGCAGGAAGAAUCAAGCGAGGAAGGUGGUGUGCAUCCCGGCGCCGACAACGGCGGGGUCAAGACCCACCGGGGAGGUGGUUCCUUCUGAUCUCUGGGCAUGGAGGAAGUACGGCCAGAAGCCUAUCAAGGGCUCUCCCCACCCGAGAGGGUACUACAGAUGCAGCAGCUCGAAAGGAUGCUCGGCACGGAAGCAAGUGGAGCGCAGCCGGACUGACCCCAACAUGCUCGUCAUCACCUACACCUCCGAGCACAACCACCCAUGGCCGACCCAGCGAAACGCGCUCGCCGGCUCAACUCGGUCACACCACGGCAAGAACGGCGGCAGCGGCAGCUCAGGUGCCAAGAGCUCGCAGAACGAAAAGCAACCGCAGACAAAUAAUAAUGUCAAGGAGGAGAGGAGGGAUCACGCUGCCGCGGCAACGACGACGACCACUAGCACAAUCACCACGACGACCAGCGCUACUGCUUCUCCGAUGAUUGUAAAGCUAGAGGAGACAUUAUUGGCCGGAUCAUCGGAAGCCUUGUUGGAGAGAGAUCAUCAAAGAGCCAGGGACACGGCGGCAGGAGUACUGGUAGACCACAGUGACCUCAUGGACCACGUGUUCAGCGAGAGCUACAGGCCGAUGAUACCGGAGUCCGGCCACCACGAGGACUUCUUCGCCGACCUCGCCGAGCUGGAGUCGGAUCCCAUGAGCCUCAUCUUCUCCAAGGAGUACAUGGAAGCCAGGCCAAGCGGCACCACCGGCGGCGAUCAUGGCCAGGAGAAGGCAGUGACCGCCACCAAGGACUUGGAUCCAUUCGACAUGCUAGAUUGGUCCACUACUGCUUCAACCGCAGGGAGCACAUUUGAGCAAGGGAAAGGAGGUUAGUUGAUCGAUCAACUUAUGCUUAAUUCAGGGCAAUGAUCAGCAGAUGCAAACACAGUUUACGCAUACGUACGGUUACACACACUUGAUCUCCAGCUAAAUAACCUUGAAGAUAAAUUACCACAAGGUCAGCAAGGAAAGAUGAGAAUUUUUUUCUUUUUCUUUUUCACUUUUCCUUUUCAUUUCUUUUUCUUGUUUGCUUCUUCUAUCAUCAUUAUUGUGUGUGACAGAGAUUGAUUUUUUUUGUUCAAGGUCUAGAUAUAUGAACCUUAUAUUUUAGGUUUGUGUCAGCUAGUACUUGUGCAUGUGAUGAGGAUCGUCUGUCUCUCUAGCUUUCUCUCUCCCUGUCCCGGCAUAUAUGUGAGCGUACGUUUUCGGUGCAUGUUUUUAUGGUUGUCUAACGGAAGAUUAAUAUA